GCAGAACACACCUCAUCUCCUCUGUAGCUGGAGGGAUAGAGGGAGAGAGAGAUUCAGUCUGUGCCAAUUUUCUCCUCUGCUCCAGAGACGGAGAGGGAGAGCCAGGAAAGUGAUAUUUCAGAAAUCUUAUCAGAUAAACAAACAACAGACAGAGACAGAGAGAGGGGAGAGGCAGAGGAGAAGAGGUGCCUUUCCGAAUGAAGCAUCCAAAGAGACAAUACAGAGAACAAAUGGAGAAAGAAGAAGCUACAGCGAGAAAUGUAGUCAAUGCUUCUGUUGAGUGACCCAAGGAAUGAGUCAUCCACCUGCAGCCAGCACCUGAGACUGACCUUCUGACAACGAACACCAUCAGCCGACAGCCGUUGCCACUGCAAAGUCACACAUUGUGCAGAAGAAUUGUGUUAAUUAGUAGAUCUACAUUUACAUUUCUCAAACGUAUUCAAAACCACUAACUCUAAAUGUUAUGCUGAGUGGUGAAACCAAACAAUCUGCCUUAGAGUUACAGUUUGCUCACACAUCUCCUGUCCAAAUGAUUCAUCCUUCAUCUCCAUAACAAAGUCUUCCUUACUUUGUAUGAAUCACCUCCUGGGAGGAUUAUGAGGCCAGCUUUAGCUCUCCUGCAGUCAAAUUGUCUCUUGUUUGUGUUUAGCGGUAUGUGCGUGCCCAUUGUUGUGGGCUCCCUGCCACCAGCACUGCCGUGGUAUGUUCCAUGUCCAGUGAGGUGUGUGUGUCAGAUCAAGCCAUGGUUCUCCCCAGAUUCAAUCUACCAUGAAGCCCCCACAGUGGACUGUAACAAUCUGUUGCUGACGAAUCUCCCCUUGCCUUUACCACUGAACACCCAUACCCUUCGCCUGCAGAGUAACCUGCUGUCAGUGCUGGACACUGCAGUGCUACAUGGGCUCUCCAACCUCACGGACUUGGACCUUUCGCAAAACCGCUUCAGUCGUGUUAGGAUGAUAACCCAGAGCUCCCCCCUGCCUUCUCUGCUGUCGCUACACCUCGAGGAAAAUCAUUUCAGUCACCUCCCAGAAGCCUCCUUCUCAUCACUGUCAGCUUUACAAGAACUCUUUCUCAGCCAUAAUAACCUCCAUUCAGUUGCACCUGGAGCCUUCAAUGGCCUUAACUCCCUUCGCCGUCUUCACAUCAAUAACAACAGACUCACGACGAUUGACCCUCUGUGGUUCAGAGCAUUGCCACAGCUUGAGGUUCUCAUGCUUGGGGGAAACCCUGUGGAGGCUCUGCCUGAGAGGGGCUUUGUGGCCCUAACAUCCCUACGAAGCCUUGUACUUGGUGAUAUGGGUCUGAGAGGUUUGGCUGAAAAAGCACUUGAAGGUCUUGAUGAACUAGAAAGCCUUUCCUUCUAUGAGAACCAUCUUACUAAGGUACCAAGACAAGCUCUGAAAAGGGUGCCAGGUCUCAAGUUCCUCGACCUCAACAAGAACCACAUCAAACUGAUCGAGACAGGGGACUUUAAAGACAUGGUGAAUCUAAAAGAGCUCGGUCUGAACAACAUGGAAGAGCUUGUGUCAAUAGAUAAAGCCUCCCUGGAAAACUUGCCAGAGCUUACCAAGCUUGAGAUCACCAAUAACCCACGUUUGUCCUAUGUUCAUCCUCAGGCUUUUGUCAGGCUGAGCAGACUGGAGAGUCUUAUGUUAAACUCUAAUUCUCUAAGUGCUCUGCACCAGAACAUCAUGCUCUCCCUGCCAAGUCUUCAGGAGGUCAGCCUACACUCCAACCCACUGCGAUGUGACUGCCUGUUCCACUGGGCCGCCAGGGACACCUCUCAUCCUCGAAUUGAAAGGGACAUGCAAAUGAAGACCCAAGCAGCCCGGGUAGUACGCUUCAUCCAACCCGAGGCAACCUUGUGCUUUGAACCCCCAGAACUGAGAGCACGCAGAGUAAGAGAGGUCUCUUCUGGAGAGAUGUCUGCAUCCUGCCUCCCAACUAUUCCUGCCAGUUCCCUUCCCUCAUAUGUUGGUGUUCAAGAAGGGGGGAAACUGGUUUUGCACUGCCGAGCACUUGCAGAGCCACUUCCUGAACUGUACUGGGUGACCCCUUCUGGCCUGAGACUCGGCCCUUCAGCAAACAGUACAUCAGAAAGUUUUUCAGCUUUUGCUAUCUGUAGAAACACAACUUCUAAUGGCUUUAACCACACAUCUGCCCUCAGUUUCCAGCACUCAAAAGCUCAAAAUGAUUCUGUUUGCCAGUUCUUCAAACACUACCAGCUACUGCCUGAGGGAACUCUAGAGAUUAGCAGGAUCACCCCCAGAGAGGGAGGUUUGUAUACCUGUGUGGCUGAGAAUGCAUUAGGAGCAGAUACACGCAGUGUUACGGUAGGAGUACAUGCCAGAGGGAAAAAUAGAAAGAGGGGGGUGGUGACUAAACCGAAGAAAUUUCAAGCCAUCAGAAUAGAUGCAAGGUUGGAGUUGAACGAGGUUGGAGAACACUAUGCUAUCUUGUCCUGGCAGUACAGACAAAACCUCCCCUCCACUCGCCUAUCCUGGCAGGCCCUGCACUCCAACUCCCACACACCAACGUUCACCACACGGAUUCUUGCUGGCACGCAGAGCUUCAACCUGACUCACCUGCAGGCAGAGACAUUUUACAUAGUGUGUUUACAUCAAGGAAUCAGUGAAGAUGGCAAGCAUGCCAACCAAGGGUCAGGGGAGAGCAAAAAGCCUCAGUGCGUGUCGUUCAGGACCAAGGAUGUGCCAGAGACCCAGCCCGGUCUGCAGCUCAACCCAGAGCUGACCUCCAUAGCGGUCACACUACUGCUUCUUGGCUAUAUACUGCUGCUAGCGGUGCAGGGCUGGGACACCGAACCUGGUGAAGGAGCAGGGAAGCAUCACAAUGCCCUCUGUGUGGAUAUUAAGGGUCCCCAGACUGUAAUCAUCGGUCAGAAAACAAAAGAGAGUAAUGAAGAUCAAACAGACCUGAAAGAGAAGCUGGAAUCAUAUUAUAUAAUUUGAGAUAAUUAUACCCAUUCUGAUGCAGACAAGAUAAACCGGCACACAUCCAUAACAUGGAACAUGAAAUAUACACUUUAGCACUCACACAAAUGAAGGAAACAGAGGUUAUGGCGCAACAAGAGAUUUGUAUUUAUUUUAUAUAAGCAUAAAGUAUAUAUUGACUUUGUUUCUGUGUUGAGAUGUGCUGUAAAGAUUGCUUAUCUCCCCGUGCCAGGAAAAUAAAACUGGACAAUUAUACUCCUGCUUAACACAAGGGAAACAACUGAGCCCGAGUUGCCAAUGACCAGUGGACUGAAACUAAAAAGAGCUUCAUACAUUUCAGGAACGGAUAUUUACAGAAGAGAGCUGCUCAGACCUUCGGGGUUUUGUCCUGUUUAUAGUCAACAUGUUUCCACUGACUCGAGCAUACUCUCUCAAAGCUGAUAAAUCUGCGUUACGACGGGCACUGAAGGAACUUUCUGCUUGUAUGGACAGUCAAAUUGAUUCAUGUACACAGCACUUUUGCUUUGUUCUUGGACUGAGAUGUCCAUCUUGCAUAUGGUGAGCUCAUCCCUGAUGCAACAUCCCACACUCUGUUUUAAAAUAAAAGUGAUUUAAAAGUGA